AUGGAUUUCGUCAAGAACCUCGCCGGCGGCAACAAGAACGACAACGCCGACCAAACUCAACAGCAAACCGAGUCUGGCGGUUUCAUGGACAAGGCAAGCUUUCUCAUCUCGAUUUACGUCAACAAUAUGGCAGGAGGAGGAGCUUCUGGGGAAAAGAAGGAGGACGGUCUCGACAAGGGCAAGAUCACCAUCCAAUACUCUCAAUCUGUCGAUUAUGUUCAAGAGAACUUCCUUGGCGCUGGCAACCAGUCAAAUGAAUCCGCCGCGGAGCAGAUGAAAGAUGAGGCCAUCUCAGAUGCUAUUCGAGACCAAUACAAGGGCGCGACAGGCAGUGAAUUCCCGAUCGCAGACAAAUAA